AUGUCCAAGCACGAGGAAGCCGCCGCCAAUGUUGUGCAGAUUCACAAGCCGAAUGCUUUUCAUGAUGAAGAUGUGAUCGAGGGAGUUGACCGGGAGCUCAGUCCCUUUCAGUGUCUGAAACAGAACCCAAAGAUUGUGGCUUGGUCACUCUUUGCCAACAUCGGUUCAUGUCUCGUCGGUUAUGAAAAUCUCGUGCUCUCGGUGUGCUUGGCCAUGCCAGCAUUCCAGAUGACCUUUGCUGAGGAAGUCAACGGCGCUCUCACGAUCCCCGCCUACUGGCAGUCAGCCUGGAACGCUUGCUACAAUGUCGGAAUGAUGAUUGGAUCUCUCUUCGCUGGUUGGAUUCAGGACAGAGUCGGCCGCAAGAAGGUCAUGGCCGGUGCCAUUGUUCUCGCCUGUGCUGGUAUCGCUGUUGCCUUCAUUGCCUCGACCUCUGCCGUGUACCUGGGCAGCAAGAUCAUCACUGGUAUUGCUGUUGGUAUGAUGCAGACUGUUACGCAGACAUAUGUGUCCGAGAUUGCCCCGCUGCCGAUGCGUGGUAUUGCCUUGUCGAUGAACAUCAUCAUGAUGAACCUUGGCAUGUUGAUUGCAAUCUCCUCGACCUUUUCCCGAGUCGCCAUCAUCGAUCCCAUGGCCUACAAGGUUCUCUUCGCUGCUGGUUGGGCCUUCCCUGGAGUUUUGGCUCUCGGUCUGCCAUUCUUGCCCGAGUCGCCCUACUGGCUCGUCAUGAAGAACCGCCGAGAUGAGGCCAUCAUUUCCUUGAAGAAGCUGUCUGGAUCUCACGAGGACAUUGCCGCCCGCACCCACCAGAUCGAGGCCACCAUCGAGCACGAACGCGAAGUCGAAUCCACCGCCACCUACAUUGAGUGCUUCCGCGGUACCAACCUGCGCCGCACCAUGAUCAUCCUGAUCUGCAUGUACAUGCCCCAGGUUGCCGGUGCCGUUCUCUCUUCCAACGCUCCCUACUUCCUCAACCAGACCGGUUUGGACAGCCACAUGGUGCUCCUCCUGACCCAGGUCGGCAUCGCCAUGGGUGUUGUGUCUGCCUCGCUCAACGUCUUCCUGAUGAUGAAGUUCAGCCGCCGCACGCUGAUGUUCUUUGGUGUCGGCCUCUGCGCCACCAUGUACUUCAUCAUGGGCGUCGGCGCCGUCGUGCCGCGCUCCAAUAGCUCUCUGCUGGCCAUUGGUGUCGCCCUGCAGUUCACCUCCAUCACUUAUGGUCCUGCUAUUGGUUCCUCCAUGGCCGUGGCCGGUGAGAUCUCAGCCACUCGCCUGCGUGCUAAGUCCAUUGGUAUCGGCUAUACCUGGUCCUGCAUUUGCAGCAUUGUCUGGACCAUUGUCCUGCCCUACCUGUUCAACACGGACGAGGCUAACCUCGGUGGCAACUUGGGAUGGAUCUUCUGUGGCAUGGCUCUCAUCAUGGGCGUCCUCUUGUUUUUCUUCGUGCCUGAGACCAAUGGCCGAAGCUUUGAUGAGUUGGAUAUCCUGUUUGAGCGCAAGGUUCCCGCUCGCGCCUUCAGGAACUACGACUUGACCCAGCCCGCUCAGCCUUGA